GAAAAAAGAAACCAAACCCUCGCCUGUCGCCCGCCUCCGCCGUGGGCGCCGGCGGCUUUCCCGGAUCUCCGGUGAGAUUCCGGGGUAGAGGGAUCCUCCCGUGAGCCUGGAGCCUCUGGGGGUUCGGGGUUUUCCGGACAGUUUGGGUAGUGGCGGCGGUUGGCAAUUUGGGGGUGAAGGAUGAUGCGGUCGUCGUCGUCGUCGUCCAACGUGGGAGAACAUGAUGAUGGUGGAGUUAAGCAAAGUUCUGAGAACUCCUGUCGCGGAGAUAAAUUCCAAGAGGGAGUUCUCACCCCAACAGGAAGUGGAAAAGAAGGCAUACUCACAAGAAGGAUGUGCUCAUUCAAAGGAGUUGCAGGAAGGAGGUAUUCAAACAAAGGAGACGUACACAAUAGGUCCUAAUGCAAAGAAGUUGCAUUUAGCAGCUGAUAAUGCUAACAAGUCAUGUCCAGCAGCUAGCCACAAUCAUGGUGUGGUACUUCAGGGAAAUGUAGCUUCUGCUCUGAUGGAUGAUGAGGGUGUUUUCGUGGAUGAUGAAGCUGUCCUUGUGGAUAUUGAGCUGAGGGCUGAAGCUGAUGCACAGCAAGCAGCCAGAAAGACUCAAAGUGAGGAAUCUUCGGUGGAGCCUAUUAUUUAUGCUGACACUGCCACUGCACAAAUUCCAGUUGAUGAUAAUACAGAUGUUAAGUUCAACAUUGUGUAUGACAAUGAAAAUCCAAGGAUCAAAGUAAAUGAAUAUUUCCCGUCGAUGAAGAACUUCAGGAUGGCUUUGAGACAGCAUGGAGUAAAGAAGGGGUUUCAGGUGCACAAAAUCAAGACUGAUAAGACUAGGUAUAGAGCUGAGUGUAAGGCAGAAGGCUGUCCAUGGAGAAUUGUGGCACGCAAAUUGCGGGAUGAACCAACUGUUGUGAUUAGCAUGAUACCUCAAGAGCACAAUUGCAUAUCUACUAGUAACUCUGUUACCUCAAUGACGUCACAAAGCUGGGUUGCAGAGGUGGCUGCUGAUUGGUUGAGGGAGAGUCCAGAUCUAGGGGCAAAAGAGUUGCAAGAGAAACUGCAGGAGGUGUAUAGUGUAGAGGUUAGCUAUGCUACCGUAUGGGCUGGAAGGCACAGGGCGAUGAACAAGAUUUUUCAGUUUUGGGAAGACACUUUUCAGACAUUGUACAACUUCAGGGCUGAACUUGUUUCCUUGUCUCCAGGCUCAGUUGUGGAGAUUUGCACUAAGAUAUGUGGAGAUGAUGUCCACUUCGACAAACUUUUCUUUGCUCUGGAGCAAUGCAUAGAUGGCUUCAAAACAGGCUGCAGACCUGACAUUGCACUCAACUACACAGACUUGGAUGGCAUCUACUCAGGGAAAUUAGCGUGUGCUUGUGCGCUUGAUGGUCACAAUUGGAUGUACCCUGUUGCAUGGGCCAUUUUUGACUCUGCUUCAAAUGAGAACUGGACUUGGUUCAUGGAGCAAUUGAAGAAGGCUAUAGGGAAUCUACCAGGAUUAGCAAUUUCUGCUGAUGUUGGUGAUAAUAAUCUAACUGGAAGUUUCUACGAAUGGACUAUGAACAUAAAGGGCAUGCCUUUGGUUGACUUGAUUGACAAGAUGAGGCAGAUGACAAUGGGGGUUUGGUACAAAAGGAGGUGUAUUGGAAGCAAGCUCUCGGGCAAUAUUCUCCCUGCAGUUAUCCAACAACUUAAUACACAAAUAAGGAGUUUGAGAAACAUCAAGAUCUCUAAAUGCGGGUUGCAGACCGGUGAAGUUUCUGGCAACUCUGAGGACAUGGUGCCGUGGAGGCACGUGGUGGACUUGGGCGAGCACAGCUGCAGCUGCGGGCAGUGGCAACUAACCAAGAAGCCCUGCCUCCAUGCUCUGGCAUGGAUAACCACAGAGACAAAUGCCAACGUGGAAUCCUUUGUCCAUGACUACUACUCUGUUGAGCGGUUUAGGGCUGCAUAUAGAGGUAUAGUUCCACCCAUGACAGACAAGUCGCAGUGGCCUCAGGUGGACCCUGGUUUCAAGCUGCUAGCACCGCAGUUGAAGCCAGGACUUGGGAAGAGGAAGUACACAACCAAGACAAGUGAGGAACCGUGCGCAAGUAAACAGUGUGAGCAGUGUGGAGAAGUUGAACAUCGUGAGAAGGGUUGCACGCUGCAUUGCCCGAAGAAGAGGAAGAGAUGCCAAGCUGAAGAGGGCUGGAAGGCUGAGUACGACGCUAACUGAUCAUCUCUAGGAACCAUGCUUCGCCGUGGGACAAUAGAUCUGUCGAGGGAGGUGAAGAUGCUCCGCGGUCAUCGAACUACCAAAACUAGGCACCUAUUUUGUAGUUGUCCCAGGAAGGAGGAUUUAGGAGCUGAGGAUUUAAUCUGUAGCUGUCUGCUGUGUAUGCAUGGUUAAACUAACCUAGGACGGCGCCUGUAACGUGCGAAGCAUGUUUUGCAUUGCAAACUGUUUUAAAGGCGUGGUUAAAUGUCAUGGAUCUGUGCUAUGCAUUUUUAUUACUCCGUGCAGAUAUGAUGCAACGCUGGGCCUUUAAA